AUGAAAGACUGGGGAAAUUAUAUUAGCCAGUUAGUAGGGAAUCAUGGGGGCAGUCUUGCGGUAAGGAUUCCGAGUGGAAGAAUUGUCUGCGUGCUUGGCCGAUGGGUUUGGGAAUCCGGGGUUAGAGCGUCCAAAGGAGGGCUUUGGGCUGCAUCUGUGCAUUGGGAAAGGAGAUAUGAUAAAAUUGCAGGGCGAAAACGCAACUACCAGGGGGGUUACACGUGCCCCUGUCUCCGCCGUACGCCGGGAAACUAUGAUCUCGUGUGGAGGUUUAUAGUGGUGUUCAAUAUGGAAUAUGGGAGACGGAAGUUUAGUCUGUCCGAGGUAUUGGCAGACGGGCUGCUGCAUAAUGGGAAGAAUAAUCCAUCGUUGAACGGCCACAAAGACAGUGCCAAGAUGGCAGUCGGUGAUGACCGUUUUGGCGUGGAGACAUGUGGUUGCGCUGAUUGGCUGUUGAGAUAUCGGACCACUGUGCUGACAUCCCCAGGGGUGGAUUUGAUCUGUAAGAAGACGCAGACCGCUGUUGCAAAUUCAAUCGUUACCAUCUUCUGUAGCAGAUGCAGCAAAUUUUUUUUGAAACCGGAGAGCUCAGACUCUAGAGCCAGCUCUGUUAGCAUAUCCAUAGAGAUCACGGAUGGCGGACAGGCUGGAUUGAAUCUGCCGAGCGCGCCUUGCUGGGUUGUAGAAGAACUUAUUAGCAUACAGACCUCUGUCAUACACGACGGGAUGUUUGAGCGAGUGAAGCCAACGAUGAUGAACAAGAUCAACCGUCAGACGGGGGCCGGUGCCAAGCGGUACCUGCCGGUGACGCAAGUGGACCAGCGAAUGGCCGCUGCCAGAGACAGAACGUUCACUCACAACAGGAGCACCUUCUUUUCCUCUCCAAUGCGCCGCAGAUUUGAUCAGAACGCUGCCCCGACGAGGUAG